AAAACAAACCCGUCAACCUGGAGAACCAAAAUCCAUCAAAUGAAAACCAAAAUGCUACAAAACUUGAUAGCAGCGAUGAAAUGCCGGGAGCGCCUAAAACUAGAAGCUAUAGCAUUGCAGCUGCCCCUGGCGCUCCAAGCCCCCUUAAAAUAGACGAUGAUCGUAGGAAAUCUAUUAGUUCAGUGGGUGGAAUAGGUGGAAGGUACGAUGAUUUGACUAGUCGUGGCCCUGGGCUUAGUUUAAUUCAAGAAAUGAGAGGGAGUAAGGACAACAUCCGUGGUUCGAAGGAAAGUGUUAGAUCUGAAGCAUCCACUGAAAGUUCAAAAGAUGUACCCGAACGCCCAGAGUCACGUCUUGCAGGAUCUAAAAUGACGGAAUCAUUUAUAGGCUCUUUGACAAAUUUGUCAAAAAAGAAACAAGAUGAUGACGACGACGUGAUAUCACAGAAUAACUUGACAACAAUGAAAACUGAGGGCUUGCAAAAUAAAAUUGAUCUCUCAGAUCGUUCACCAUCUCUGACACGAAGUGAUGAAUCACCAGAACCAAAAAAUGUUUCUCAGAGUUCAGUUUUAUCAAAUAAAUCUCAAAGUACACUUCCAGAACCACAACGUCCAAAAACCCCUAAAGUUGAAAUAAAACAAGAAAUAAAGCCAGAAACAAAGGAAACAAAACCUAAUGCAGUAGCAGCGAAUAAGACAAUUUCAAAAUCUCCUGUAUUAGAGUCAAAAUCACCCACAGACAUAAAACCUCCUGCCUCAACAAAUAAAAAGUCAAUGGAAUUAAAAACUUCGAUAACUCCGUCUGACUCCAGAAAAUCGACACCCCGUAAAAUAGUGUCUGCACCAAGUACUAGACAAAAAGAUGGGGAUAACGACAGUGGCGUCGAUGAAUCUACGCAAGGAAAUGAUCUCAAUGGUUCCCCAAGCUCACCAACUAAGAAGCUACCUAGUAAAUUACCAACAAAAGAAAAGUCAAGUAAUAGCUUGAAACACAAUUUGUCUCGAUCAUCAAGCAAGAGUGCUACAGCGAAAACACCUGAAACGCCACAACCAACUGAGAAAAAAAAAGUACCGAUGAAUAAAAUUCAAGUUGGAAGCGCACCGUCACCAAAUAUAAAGGCGGUGAAAUCAAAAAUUGGCUCUUUAGACAAUACGACAUAUAAGCCAGGUGGUGGAAAAGUGAAGAUAGAAAACAGAAAGUUAGACUUUAACAACGUAACGCCUAAAAUUGCUGCCAAAAACGAAGCUUACACUCCAAGCGGUGGCGCAAAGAAGAUCACUACUACUAAACUUGAAUGGAACGCAAAAUCGAAAAUUGGUUCUCUUCAAAACUCCUCGUAUAAGCCUGGAGGAGGGGAUAAGAAGAUCGAAACCGUGAAACUGGAUUUCAAGGAAAAGGCGAAGCCAAAGGUGGCGUCAACCGUCAACCUCACACACAAACCAGGCGGAGGGGCUGUAAAGAGUCCAAUUCCGCCGUCUGCCGCCGCGACAGCACAGCUUUCAAAAGCAGACGAGAAUUUAAAUCAACACCCGUGUUAAGAACAUCGAUAGACUUAAGAUUUUUCGAUAUAAGAUAUUAACUGAAAGUCCAACCAUUUAAUAAUAAUAAUAUUAUUCACCUUGUUAAUUGAUUAUCAUUAAUGUACCUACUCAGUUUAGUGAUUAUUGUGCGAUCUGCGAUUCAAUCCUUAGUAGAAAUUGUUUUGGUUAUUAUUAAAUAAAGAGUCAAAUUUUUAUCAAGUCAUUUAGAUAUUUUCAUGUAGUUUUUAAUUAAAUAUUUUCUAUGUUAUCUGCGCUAUUCACCACAUAUGUAGGUCGAUUCCUUACAUAUGUUGAUGUAGUAGUGAUUGCUAAAUAAGAUGUCUGUUUAAUAUGCAAUAGAAAGAUAGAUGAGUGCCAAUCAGUAAUAGCAUAAUGUUAUUGAAUUAAACUAUGCACGUUUUAGAAUCAUUGUCAUACAGCCUAUAUGUCAUAAUCGUGUGUUAUAUAUAUCGUUACCUGUAUGAAAAUUUAAACGAUCCUUUUCAUGUUUUAUUUAUCAGUAUAAAAUAAGAAUAAUACGGAAACUUGGUAAAAUAUUUUAUAUAGAGACUAUUUGUUGAAAUAUAAUGAAGCUUAUUUUAGCUCUUUAUAUUAAAGUUAUUGAUUUAUUUGCCUAGUGGGUAUUUUGUAGUGUUGUAUGCACGGAAGGAGUAGGUAUAUUUUGGAGUGUUUGCAGAAAUUCAGUAAAAUUCUCGGCUCAGCAAAAAGCACCUUUUACUUUUCAGAUUCAAUUGUACUCUGACAUUCUUUUUUCUUCAUUAAAAAACUCUUCGCAAAAAAUUUUAACGGUGUAUUAAAAUACAAUUUAAAAGUAAUGUUGAGGCGAGGAUUGGACGUGUUUGCGAUUGACUGAACAAAAUUAUUCUUAGAAUAUUUAAUAUGUGACUUCUGACUUACGGACUAAUUAGAUUUAGAUAGCCGUAAUAAUCUGUGCUGCUGCUUUAGUCACAUUUAUUUGCAUUGACACCGUAUCAUCAAGGUAGAAUGCUGCAUUUGAUUGUUUUAAGUUUUUUGAUACAUAUAUCUAUAAUGUUUUAUAUAUUUAGGUCCAGUCGAUUUCUUAAGAUUGAAAUAAUUGUAUCCAUUUACUUGUUUAGAAUUUUUAUGUAAUAAAUUAAGACUUGGAUAUUCCUUUUUUAAUAUUUAUAUAUAACUAUACCUUACGGAUAUUGUAGUAAACUAUUAUUCAUAUUUAUAACAGUAAAUCAUAACUUUGUGGAUUAAAAAGUUAUAAUAAAUUGAUAAACCUAAUUUUAAUACAAGUUAACAUCUCAAA